AUGAAGUGUUCUAGUCUCAUCUUCGGCGUUCUCGCAACACUUGCGGCUGCACAAACACCUUCCCCGUACACCGAUGUCAAAUCAGGCAUCACAUUCAACACCCUCCAGCACAGUAGCGGCAUGUUCUUCGGUCUUGCACUUCCAGCCAACGCCACCGGAAACACUGACUUCAUUGCGACGAUCGGGGGCAAAGGCACGGGGUGGAGCGGUGUUUCUCUCGGAGUGGGCAGCUUCAGAAAGACUGCCCAAUACGCCUCUCCAGCCGUCGCAACCGGCGCCUUCACACAGACGACAAUAGCAAACGGCACAUACGUCAACAGCACGCACUGGACGUACACCUUCCUCUGCUCCAAGUGCAUUCAAACCGAUGGCACGACAUUCAAGCCUACUGAUGCAGCGCCAAGUCUCGGGUUCGCAUUGAAUCCGACAGCGCCGGCCCAAAAGACGAAUCCCGCAUCUAGUGUAUCGAAGCAUACGGCGCAGGGGCAAGCGGUAUUUGACCUAAGCAAAGCUAAGAACGCGAAGUUCGAGGUCUGGAAGGGCUACGCUGUGCCGAAAGUUGCUACGGGCUUUGCGGGCUAG